CGUCUGUUCCACAGCGGCCUCUGGUGGUGUGGCGUGUCGACUUCACUUGCUGCACUCACUGUAUGACUCAAAGUUCGCGGUUAUUGGCACCUUUGUGCAGCAUACACAUGUAGAAGAUGCUGAAGAAGACCACAAAAACAAACCAAUUUAAUGAAUGUGCGACAGCCAGGCCACCACACAAUAAUACGCAGCAGCAUGUCUCUGACAGUGUCUCAGGGUGAGGGUUUGACAGUCAUCACCAUCACCUCAAACCCAAAGAGCAAAUGGCCCGUACUGUGUCAGAUUCUGGGUUUUCUGUGUAACAGUCCAGGGUGUUUUGCACCUCAGCAUAUGAAAGGGAAUCUGAAGGACGUCCACAUAGCACUUGGAUUCCUUGUAGCUGGAAUUGUGUGUAUUCUUGGAACCAAGUUUACCAGUUCUUGUCUGGUGGUGAAGGAUCCAGAACUUCACAAGCCUCUCCUGGAAGACGACACUGCCGCUCCUGCGUGACAAGAUUAAAAGACAAAAUAAUUAAAGUCAUUCUUUUUGCUUGUAAUGGAAUGGCAUUUUCUCUCAAUAUUGUAGUGAAAUGAUUUAAAGCAGAUCUCCAUCCGCUACAUUGUUAAAUUACAUGUUUAAUUACACUUAUUGUUUCUUUUUACAAAAGUGGUGUUACCAUUGAUCUCUCUAUAUAUAGAUUAGUGGGUGUUAACUUUUAUUACCUUUUUCAGUUUUGUUGCGAUCUUUGGGGCUGCUUUUUUAAGAAAUAAAUGACUAUAGCACUUUUGCAUCAA